AUGGCGGAGAAGCAGAACCCGGUGGACUACGGCGUCCAGAUCCGCUUCAUCAAUGACCUGCAGGAACCCAAGAAACCCCCCAAGGCGCGGGCCAAGCCGGGCUCCUACGGGGUGGCGGUGCGCGUGCAGGGCAUCGCCGGGCAGCCCUUCGUCGUCCUCAACAGCGGCGAGAAGGGCGGUGAUUCCUUCGGGGUGCAGAUCAAAAGCGAGGGUGCCUACACGGGCCCUGCCGCCGGCCCCCGGCCCCCUGAGCUGCCCCCCGAGCUGCCCCCCGGCUCCGUCAGUCCCGACUCGGAGCUGCCAGAGAACCCCUACGUGCGCCGGCAGCCUUCCUGGAGCACCUCAGACGAGGAGCCCAGUGGCGGGGUCCCAGCACCCCCCCGGCACAAGCCCCCCACCAAGCGGCCGCCCAGGGAGGAGCUGCGGAGGACGCAGUCCCACGGCAAUCUGCUCACCGCCGACGAUGACGAGGGGUCCUUCGCCCCCGGCCCACCGCGGGGGCAGCCCGGCGGCACCCACCAGCCCCGGGCUCUCUCCAGCACCAGAAGCAGCAGCAUGCUGAGCAUCGCCGGGCCGCCCCGGCUGGCACAGGGCGAAGUGUCCGGCUUUGGGGCUGCCAUCAGGGAGCCCUCCUCGGACUCAGAGGCCCCGGGGCGCCGGCGGCCGGGGGAUGCUGAUGGCAGCGACAUAGACACCAAGCCGCUCUCCUCGGUGGACUCGCUCAUCAGCAAAUUUGACGGGAAGGUGCAGCAGAGGGGCCGGGCGGCCCGGAGGGGCCGCAUCCCCUCAGAGGAGAGGAAGCGCUCGCAGAGCCUCGAUGGCCGCGUUUCUCGCCGUGCCGUGCCAGACGGCCGGGAGCUGAGCGGUGCCCAGCGCGGGGACGUUCGCCCCCUGCCCUCGGGGGCGACGAGGAGCCAGCGGGCGAACCGGGGCAUGGAGGAGCCCCCGACCGAGCGGCUGCAAAGCAAAGCCCGGGCAGAGCUGCAGUUCAAAUCCACCCCGGACCUGCUGCGGGACCAGCGGGAGGUGGCCCAGCCUGGCAGCAGCGAGCACACCAAGGAGCUCAUCUACAGCAUCCUGAAGGAGGGGAGCAGAGACAGCGAGACCUCCCUGAAGAGGAAAACCACCCUGGUGUUUGAGAAGGUGCAGGAGCUGACGGUGCCUGCCAAGGACACGGCAUGCUCCCAGCCCCAGCACGGGGAGCUGGCCAGGAAGGUGGAGGAGCUGCAGGAGCAACUCGACAAGGAGACGAAGCUCCGCCAGAAGCUGGAGCUGACGAGGGACCCGGCCCGGAGCAGCACCGCGCGGGCACUGGAGGCCCGGCUGCAGGAGGCUGAGGAGGAGAGCCAGCGCCUGCGGGGGGCCCUAGAGAAGAAAGGCCAGGAGCUGCAGAGGAGCUUGCAGGAGCUGGCCGAGGCAAAGGCAGCCCGGGGACGGGCAGAAACCCAGCUGGGUGAGCGCGAGGAGCAGCUGGCGGCGAUGCGCAAGGAGCUCGGCCGCCUGCAUGAAGCCUCUGGGGCGUCUCCGGACAGGGAAGCCUUGUACAAGGAGCUGCUGGAGACCCGCGAGGAGCUGGAGGAGGCGCUGAGCUCCAAGCAGCGGCAGGAGGAGCACCUGCGGCUGCGGGAGCGGGAGCUGACGGCACUGAAGGGGGCCCUGAAGGAGGAGGUGGCGAGCCACGACAAGGAGCUCGACCGCGUCCGGCAGCAGUACCAGAACGACAUGGACCAGCUGCGGCGCAGCAUGGGGGACAUCUCACAGGAUCAGGCCAACCUGGAGUCAGAGAAGCAGAAGAUCAGCGCCGUGGUGAGGAACCUGCAGCGGGAGCUGGAGGAGAGCGCGGAGGAGACGGGGCACUGGCGGGACAUGUUCCAGAAGAACAAGGACGAGCUCCGCACCACAAAGCAGGAGCUGCUGCAGGUGAAGCUGGAGCGGGAGGAGUUCGAGGAGGAGCUGCGGGAGCUGCGGGAGCGCUUCUCAGCCGUGCGGGAGGAGGCGGACCAGGCGCGGAGCAGUGCGCUGGACCCUGGCGAGCUGGAGGCACUCAGGAAGGAGCUGCGCCAGGCCCAGGAGGCGCAGCGGGAGCUGGCGGCAGAGAAGCAGGAGCAGGACGAGCUGCUGCGGCAGCGGGAGCGGGAGCUGCAGGCCCUGCAGGGCACCAUGCGGGAGGAGGCGUCCAGCCGCGACGGGGCCAUCGAGCGGUACCGCAGGGACCUGCAGCAGCUCCAGAAGGAGCGGGACGAGGCCGUGAAGGAGAAGGCUUCCCUGGAGAGCGAGAGGGAGUCCUCGGAGCAGGCGAGGAAGGCGGUGGAGUCCACCCUGCGGGAGCUGCAGGAGCAGAAGGACGACCUGAGGAGGAAGGUCCUGGGCAUGGAAACGCAGCUGAAGGAGUACGAGCGCAUGGGCGAGAGCUGGGAGGGCUCCCAGGCCCGGCUCAAGGAGAAGGUCACCAAACUGGAGGCGGAGCGCAGGCAGAUGGAGGAGUCGCUGGGGGAAUCCACGGACCGGGAGCAGGAGCUGCUGAUGGCCAAGCGGUCGCUGGAGACGCGCUUGGACGAGGCGCAGCGGAGCCUGGCCCGGCUGACGCAGGAGCACCAGGAGCUGAGCGCCUCCUACCAGGAGGAGCAGAGGCAGAAGGAGCAGCUGAAGCGUGCCAAGAGCGAGCUGGAGGAGCAGAAGCGGCUGCUUGACCGGACCACGGAGAAGCUGAACAAAGAGCUGGAGCAAAUGACGGAGGAGUCGAACAGCUCGCUGGCCGUGCUCAAGUCGCAGCUGGAGGAGUUCAAGGAGAAGUCGCGGAAGGAGAUCACAGACUCCCAGAAACAAGCUAAGGACCGGGGUGCCGAGGUGGAGAAGAUGCAGUUCAGCAUGGGCCGGCUGCAGGACGAGGUGACCCGGCUGAAGCAGGCGCUGCAGGACAGCCAGGCAGAGCGGGAGAGCGCGCUGCUGGACAAGGAGGUGCUGCUGCAGCGCCUGCACAACCUGGAGCAGGAGGCAGAUGCCAAGAGGCGCUCCCAGGACGACCGCUCCCGGCAGGUCAAGGCGCUGGAGGAGAAGUCCAAGCGCCUGGAGGUGGAGCUGGACGAGGAGAGGACCACGGUGGAGCUGCUGACAGAGCGGGUCAACCGCAGCAGAGACCAGAUCGACCAGCUGCGGGCAGAGCUGCUGCAGGAGCGCUCCAGCCGGCAGGACCUGGAGUGCGACAAGGUCUCGCUGGAGCGGCAGAACAAGGAGCUGAAGAGCCGCUUGGCCAGCUCCGAGGGCCUGCAGAAGCCCAGCGGCAACGUCUCGCAGCUGGAGGCACGGGUGGAGGAGCUGCAGGACAAGCUGCAGGCGGAGGAGAGGGAGAAGAGCGUCCUGCUGUCCUCCACCCGCAAGCUGGAGCGCAAGGUGAAGGAGCUGACGAUCCAGAUCGACGACGAGCGGCAGCACGUCAGCGACCAGAAGGACCAGCUGAGCCUGCGGGUGAAGGCCCUGAAGCGCCAGGUGGACGAGGCUGAGGAGGAGAUCGAGCGGCUGGAGGCCGCUCGCAAGAAGGCGCAGCGGGAGCUGGAGGAGCAGCACGAGCUCAACGAGCAGCUGCAGGCCCGCAUCAAGACGCUGGAGAAAGAGGCCUGGCGCAAGGCUGCCCGCUCGGCCGCCGAGUCCUCGCUGCAGGACGACGCGCUCAGCUCGGAUGAGGAGCUGGACAGCGCCUACGGGCCCUCCUCCAUCGCCUCGCUGCUAAACGAGGCCAACCUUCAGACCAGCUCCUGCUGA